GAACUUUCUGUGUAGCAGUUAGCUUCUGAGGUACAAACACUGUAAGGUUGCUCGUUAGCAUCAUUUUUCAGUACAUUUAGUCUGUUUAACGUUAAAUUUAACACAGUUGAGCUAUUAAAACUUAACUUACAUUACUCAUGUUGAAUUUCCGGUAUUUAUUACUGAACAGUUCUAGAAAGAUGUGUAGCUAACAUUAGCCAAACGGAUGCUAACGUUAGUUUGCUAACUUUGCUAACUAGUAAACACGCCGCAGUCUGGAGGCUUAAACUCAUAAGUGGAGGAAAGAAAAGGGGGUUUGAGGAUCCUUAACUUCUGGACGGGAUGAAGAAGUGGAACUGGAGAGAAAGACAGCGACAGAACCGGCGACAAGGCGGCGGUCAGCGGCACGAGUGGUACAGAGGCAGCCGACAGAGAUCAGCACAGGACGAACACUGGUACGGACAUAAUGAUGCAGGACCAUCAAACAGAGAAUCUCAGAGGAGAUAUGAUCACCAGUCUGCCUCUACUUCUUCACCUUCGUCAUCUUCCUCCUCCUCAUCUUCCUCUACAGACAGUAGUGCUGCACCAGAACUGCCAGGUUUCUACUUCGACCCAGAGAAAAACCGUUACUUCCGACUAUUGCCUGGACACAACAACUGUAACCCGCUGACCAGAGAGAAGCUGCAGGAGAAGGCAAAGGAGAAACAGAGAAACAAGAUGCUCGCAGAGGAUGAAAAGCCGAGAAAAAAAGCACCAAGGUCAGGACUGAACACCUCACUGCUGCUGCAGAAACGACAUCUUGGUCUGUUACCUGAGAACUCCUACUGCAGGCUCGUCCACGAGGUGAAGGUCAGCGGGAUGCGACGCCACAAACUAGAGAUCCAGAGCGCAGACAGCAGCACCCCGAACACUGACAACUUCAGACUUAUAGUGGGGGAUUCGGCCUGCGAGCGAGUCUUCACAGUCAACGAUGUUUCUCACGGCGGCUGCAAAUACGGCAUCAUGAACUUCAGCAGCAGCAGUCGGGGAUGUCUGUCCGUGGAGAUGUGCGAUAACCUCUACUUCACCAACCGCAAGGUGAAUUCUAUCUGCUGGGCCUCAGUCAACUACCCCGAUUCUCAUGUUCUGCUGUGUUUAGUGGGAGUGGCGGAUACUCCAGGUUGUGUCAGUUUACUUCCUGCUUCCCUCUUCAGCAACUCCAACCCAGAUCAGCCUGGGAUGCUUUGCAGCUUUAAGAUAUCCACAGCCUGGUCUUGUGCUUGGUGUCUCAAUCCUCAGUUUGAUAAGACUUUCAGCACCGGUUUGUCCCGCAGGGUCAUUGUGAAGGACGCAGAGACGGGUCGAACUCAGACGUACAGCGUCGGCAGCGAUGUCUUGGCUCAACAGUUUGCCCAUAGAGUUCCAGUCCUGUUUAACGGCUGCAGGUCGGGGGAGAUCUUCAGCAUCGACCUCCGGCAGCGAGGCCGCAGAGAUCAGAGCUGGAAGGCAAACCGCUUCCAUCAAGAAUCAGCCAUCACGUCCGUACGCGUCCUGGAGGAUGAAAACUACCUGCUGGCUGCUGACAUGCUGGGCCAGAUCAAGCUGUGGGAUGUUCGAGUUUCAAAGCCAGUGCAGGAGUACAAAGGUCAUCACAACGAGCACGCUUACCUUCCCAUCCACGUCAAUGAGCGUGAAGGGCUUUUGUUGGCAGUGGGUCAGGACUGCUACACUCGGCUGUGGAGCCUGAAAGACGGUCAUCUCCUGAGAACCAUCCCAUCGCCACAUCCAGCUGCUAAUGACUUGAUCCCCAGCGUCGUCUUGUCCUCUAACCUGGGAGGCUGUAGAGGGUUGCCAGGUCUGCUCAUGGCCGUUAAACACGACCUCUACUACUUCCCGUACAACACCGACUACCAGGAUGGAGCGGAGCUGAUGGACGGACUUUAGGAGUUACUUCUGCGGACAUCCUGUAGAGUAACAAGGCUGGGCAAAGAUGUCGUGUGACUAUUUCUUAACCCAUCAGCCUGUAUGGAGUUCAUUCACAAGAAGUUGUACCUAACUUCAGACUGGAAAUAUGACCUUGGAAAAGUUGCAUUUGAAUCUCAGGGGGAUGUUAUUUUUCACAGCUUAUUUUGUGCCAAAAUGAAAUCAAAAUGCUGCACAGUUACACCCUGUUCAGAAUAAGUGCACUUACUUAUAACAUGAUGGAUUUUGAUUUUUAAACAUUCCAUAUUCUGCUUGUUGGGUUUUUAAAUUUCGUUUAGGUUGUUAAAGAGCUGCUUUUUUGUGCACGUACAAGUUCUGCAAAUUUACAGUUACUCUCAAGCGAGUCCAUAGCUACACUACCAGUGCAGUAGUGUGCAUGUAUGUAAUAUGUAGAUGCUGACCUACUGCACAUGUAUGGAACAAAGUCCUCCAAACAGAGAAAACAAUGUCGAAUAAAGACUAAUUCAUGCUU